AUGUCGCAAGGCCAAAGGCGAGCUGUUGGGGGUGCUGUGCCCACCCAAAGCAAGGCUGAUGCAGUGAAUGGUCUCCCUAGAGGGUGCAGCACACAACGCAUAGCCAGGAUAUAUGAUGAUAGCAACAAGAUCUAUUCAACUUGUUUUCAUACUUAUUUGUUCUCUGGCCAUCAGCAAAAUUGUAUCUGCAAAAAUUUUUACAAUUGGAACAAUGUCUUUGCUAGGUAUUGUGAUGGUGGAGCUUUCACCGGAGAUAUCAAAAGUGUUGAUCCCGCUACCAAUCUUCAUUUUAGAGGUGCAAGGAUAUUUGAUGCAGUAAUUGAGGCCAUUCUUUUUGGUGGUUCUGCUAAUGGAUAUCCAGCAAUGCUAUACUGUGAUCACUUUCACAAUUUAUUACCUAAAGCUCAGAGUGAAAUGCUUGGUUGA